AUGUAUCAAUUAUGAUUCUCAUAUUAAACCUAAUAAAAAAUCUAAUGAUGAUAAUUUAUUUAAAACAAAUGUACAAAGUUCUUCAUCUUCAAAAUUAGUAGAAUUAGAAGCACAUGUUAAAGAACUCCAACAACAUAUAACAAUAUUAUCAGCUGAAUUGGAGAAUAUAACAAGGCCUGUUGAUACAAACAAUUUAAUUG